GGGGGGGCUCAGUCCCCCUUGCUCAGAUUCGUGUUUAGUUGGACAAAUUCUGUGUUGGCAACCUUCAUUAUGCUAUGUAUUCCUCGUGAAUGAGCAACUUCUUGCCAGUAUUUUUAUACAAUUAAAAAGUUUGGAUGAUUUCAUACACACAACAGAGAUUCUUCCUAACAUUUUAGGAUGGUACCCCUGGCCGGAAAGGGCCCCGCGCUUAAGAUAAAAAGGAAAAUUUGUCAAGAACAAGGGUUUCGCAGAACUUUUUGGCCCAGGGCCCCGUAGUUCCUAAAACCGCCGCUGAACGAUAUGCAUGAAAUUUCUGGAAAGUUUAUCAGGUUUACUGCCAAUGAGAAAUACAUCAGGGAUAUUCAUGCCUAUUUUGCCCCUCACUUUGAUCCAGUAGCUGUUACUACUCAAUAUGAUGACGUCAUGUCAAGUAAAGCAAAAUACAUCAGAUGCAUGUCAAGGGCCUGCUCAACCAUUAAUGCACACCAGAGGAAAAAUCAUAUUGUGAGCGAGCAGUCUCGGGAUAUGAUUAUUUGACGAAGCAGCCCCAAAAAAAGAGCAAAUAAAAUGUUAUCUGUAAACAUUCCUGUCUUAACCUAACCUUGUAUGAUAAGAUUGCUUAUGAUAAGCAAAAAGAGCUUUUGAAGAGAAAACGGCAUAAGGAGAAGGGUACACUCUUUUUUACUGUAUGGUGCGCAAACUCAGUGAGGGGGACCGGGACUACCUUCUACUUUUUUAUCUGGGGUUACAGGUCAGAAAUGUUUUUGCAGGAUCCCAAACAUAAAGUCACUGUUUUUCAAAACCCAAUAUGUUGAAUUUAUUCAUUUCAAGAAACUGAAACUUUUGUAGUGAUAAAGAGUGGUUCUAAACUUUCGCAACUUUCCUUUCCCAAAUAUUUCUCAUUCUACUCUGUAUGAUAGGACUGGAACCUAAUACGAUAAUUUAUGCUAAUUAUGUUUAUGAUCUUUUCUCCUUGUGCCGCUGUCUCACAAAUCAAAAUUCCUCUACACUCCUCGAAGGCAGGAGGAUACUGGCGAUAUUUUUCAUAGAAAUAAGUGAUCAGUCAAACCAAUAGUUACAUCAGUCAAAUCGACCGUGGCCGCUUUCAGAAAACAAAUAUGAAGAGAAGAGCAAGUGAACGUGACAUUUCUACGGAGCUUGGAGGUGUGCGACCAUUGCAAAUGAUCGCACAAAGAAACAUCAACUCAAGUCACGCGGUUCAAAACGACGGCCACAAUGAAACAAAGAAAUAUAAACCAUUCGAUUGCCCUUAUUAUGGAAAUGUGAAAGAAACUUUGAGCAAGGUAUUUGGCUUGGAGAAAUUUCGGACGAACCAAGAACAAUCCAUUCUGGCAGCACUAGCAAGCAAAGAUUGUUUCAUACUCAUGCCAACAGGAGGAGGGAAAAGCCUUUGCUAUCAGCUGACGGCGCUCAUUACGCCUGGUGUUACGAUUGUCGUUUCGCCGUUGCGUUCCCUGAUAUUGGAUCAAGUUCAGAAACUACUUUCUUUAAAGAUUUCUGCUGCCCAUCUGUCAAGCGACCAAACGGCUGCGAUGAAAUCACAAAUUUACGUCGACCUUCGUCGUUUAUCGCCUGAAAUCAAGCUACUUUAUGUCACACCUGAAAAGCUGGGCAGCAGUGAAAAAUUGGCAUCCGCUUUGCAAAGCUUGAAUCAAAAGAAACUGCUUGAUAGAUUUGUCAUAGACGAAGCCCAUUGCAUCAGCCAAUGGGGACACGACUUUAGAAAGGACUACAAAAAGCUGCAUCUGUUACGUGAUCAUUACCCUAAUGUCCCAGUCAUGGCAUUAACCGCAACGGCAACGCCUCGUGUGCAAAAGGAUGUUUUGAAUCAACUGCGUUUGCGCAACCCGGAAAUUUUUAGCCAAAGUCUCAAUCGUCCAAACUUGCAAUACUCUGUGAGGCCGAAGUCGAAAAAAACUCUUGAAGAAAUCGUGAAAAUGAUUAAAAGUCAGUAUUUGAACAACUCUGGCAUUAUUUACUGCUUGUCAAGACUGGAUUGCGAUGCUUUGGCCCAGGAUCUGCAAGAAAACCAAAUCUGUGCACAAUCAUAUCACGCAGGACUCUCCAAUGAGGCAAGAAGUUGUGUUCAGGAAGACUGGCUGCAAGAUAGAUGUAAGGUUGUCUGCGCCACGAUUGCAUUUGGAAUGGGCAUUGACAAACCAGAUGUCAGAUUUGUCGUUCACCAUUCGAUGCCAAAAUCAUUAGAAGGUUAUUUCCAAGAAUCUGGACGAGCUGGUCGUGAUGGGAGAAAGGCUGUCUGUGUUCUCUAUUACGCAUAUAAAGACAUGCACAGGAUUCGCAGGAUGAUUGAGGGUGAAUGCGAGUCAACAUUCGAAACUCGCAAAGUCCACAUGGACAAUUUAUUCAGAGUCGUUCAGUACUGCGAAAACAUCACCGACUGCAGACGAGCACAGCUACUUCACUACUUCGGCGAGACGACUUUCGACGCAUCCGACUGUGCAAAAAAUGGGGAUACCAUAUGCGACAGUUGUGUUGACCGAAACGCAUGCUUUAUGCGAGACUGUACGGAAGCGUCGAAACGGAUUGUCACCUACGUCAAAAAUAUUGUCCAUGGAAGCAGCUGGGAUAAUAGGCCGCCUCUUCGAAGGCGAUGGAAUCGUGUUACAAUGAAUCAAUCCAUUGACGUUUUUAUGGGAAAGAAAAAGAGCAAGUUUGAAGAUUGCUGUCCCCUUUUUAACGCUGGUAAUUCACAGGGGCGGGUAUUCAACCGGAACGAGGCGUGGCGGCUUUUCAUAUACCUUUUGCUGCAGAAGGUUCUUCAAGAAGAACUUGUCAUAGGGAAACACGGUAAUGUUAUCGGUUAUCUGAAACUUGGCACAAAAGCAACCGAUGUCAUAGAAGGCAGAAUGCAGGUCACCCUUCCAAUGAAAAUACAACAUAAAUUUAAUUCUGGUAAAUCAAAGAAGAGAAAAAUAGCCUUUAGUGCAACAAAAGCAUCGCCAGCACUACGUCAAAAAUCCCUCAUCGGUCAAAAGUUGGACGACGCACGAAAAAAAACGGCACGGCCAAAUCUUGUCACCAAUCCAGAUAAUAUAUCAACCCUUUUGAGACCAGGACAACCGUCAGAGAAAAUGUCCACUUACCGAAAGGAGAUGCUCAGGUUUAGACUUGCCCACAAGAAAACCAAGAAAAUUCCCUGCCUGUCUUCUCCUUUGGAAAGUGAGGUAAAUAUACUUGGUAUAUACACAAUUCAUAGAAAUGCCUCCAAUGUUAUUUUGUAUUACUUUAGCUCUUAUUAUAAAAAUGUAGAACAAAAUGGUUUUUUAUUCUGAAUUUUCUUGAAAUACAAACAUUUUGAGCAGCAAUUCUAGAUGUUUUUUAACUUUAAGGUUUCUUUUUAAGUAUUUUGAUCUAAAUGUCCAUCUUCUACUUUAUUUAACCCCUUCCGAUAAUAAUAAGAAUGAUAACAUACAUAGCAUGAAUUUAACGUUUUCUAGCAUUGUGUAUGACGUGAAUUGACCAAUAAAUUAAUAUAUACUGUAAAAAUUUAACAAGAAAUUAAUGUACACGCAUAUGCUGGUAUGAACAUAUAAUGAAAAUGAAUGGCAUGUAAGUAAGAAAGUGAGCCAGUUAGAAAGUAAGCAAGCAAGCAAGCAAGUAAGCAAGUAAGCAGGUAAGCAAAUACGCAAGUAAGUAAGUAAGUAAGUAAGUAAGUAAGUAAGUAAGUUAGUAAGUAAGUAAGUAAGUAAGUAAGUAAGUAAGUAAGUAAGUAAGUAAGUAAGUAAGUAAGUAAGUAAGUAAGUAAGUAAGUAAGUAAGUAAGUAAGCGGGUAAGGAAUCAAGCAAGCAAGUAAGCAGGUAAGGAAGCAAGCAAGCAAGUAAGUAAGUAAGCAGGUAAGGAAGCAAGCAGGUAAGCAAGUAAGCAGGUAAGCAAAUACGCAAGUAAGUAAGUAAGCAGGUAAGGAAGCAAGCAAGCAAGCAAACAAACCAUCACGCAAGCAAGCAAACAAACCAUCGCGCAAGCAAGCAAACAAGUUGGCAAAAUAAGAGCAAGCAAGCAAGCAAAUGGCAAGCAAGAUUAUUCGUUAAUGAAGAUAAAUCAGAGGUGUGGCAGCUAAUAGCCGAUGUGGACCUGUGGCUUGUGCCCUCAAAAUGAUAGUUAGAACGAGGCUACUCGUCGGUUAAAGGCUAUUAGUGAUCCCGACGGGACUCGAACCCAGGGCAUUCAGAUCAUGCACCGAAUGCCUUGUCAGCACCACUCCUCUCCACAACCUUGUCAGCACCACUCCUCUUCAUUUGAAUACCACAACUAGAUCAUGGGAUAGGGCACCACGCACCAGUCUUAAAGUGGGGGAGGGGCCAAAGCCCCUGCACAGUGUCUGCAUGGAACGUUACAGGGAUCUUAUCGAUACAGCUUCCAUGCCUGAUGUAUUUGCGUAACUUUUAAAGGCGACAUUGCAAGAAAAUCAGGCACAGGGAAACAAACUGUUGUCGAUUUUUUGGACUUUCAAAUAGCUCUUGGCAAAGUAUCUCAUUCUAAGCUCUUAAAAAAGAGUUGCUUCGCAGCAUUUGUAAGACCAAUAUUGAAUAUCCUUCCUUAGUUAGGUAAAACAAUGAUAAAGUAGAGAUGGCAUAACAGGGCUGCCAGAUUUAUUGCUCUACAGCUUCUAAGCAAGCCCAGCAACAAUAAUCAAAAUAUUGACAGUGAAAGGAAAAGCAAAAGCAGUGAUGAUGUAUAAAAUUCAGAACAACAUGAUAGCAACACCGCAACAAUAGUAUUCUUAAAUAACUCAACAAUAUUUUUGUCUUUUAUGAAGCAGUCAAGCAAUUUUGAGGUUUAUUUUAUCCGCAAAAUAAAAAAUCAUCCCACUUUCCAGCCUGCCAGCUGAGAGAAGAGUUCCCUUAUUAUUUUUCUCCUAUAGAACUCUUAGUAUUUUUCGUCUUGCAAUUGCGUGGCAAACGAGACAGCCCGGUUAAGUUGAGAGGUACUUGGGUAGGAUACGCUUUUUUCAUAUAAAGGCUGGGAGGUAGGAUGAAGCUGGAAGGUGGGGUGGUAUUUUCAUAAUAUACGCGAUCAAGCUUCGUCCCCUGAUCAAGUUUCUUCAAGGUAGGAUGUUUUUUAAUAUGCAGCUGGAAGGUGGGGUAGGAUCUUGAUGUAAACAAUCUAUGAUUUCCUCUUCAUACCAGUUUAUAGGUUGGAAGGUAGGAUAAAUUUGCUUAGGUAAAGAGACACUGAUUUCUUCCUCCCCAUGUUAUUGAAUGUAAGUGAAUGUCAUUCACUGCAACAACUCAAAUAAGCUUUUAUUUUAUCUUGCUUUUACUGGCUGAUUAGUAUCUUCUAACAGCCCCCAUUUUAUUUUUAGGAGUUUUAAACUUAUCUGUGGCGUAGAUAGAGGGGGGUCAGAGGGGUUUUUGAAAAGACUAAAUUUGCAUUUUGUCGAAAAAUUUAUGAUCUUGUCGGAAAUAUAACAUGGUUGUCAUUCAUAGAUUAUUUACAUGAGAAGAAGGGUUUUAAAGGUGAACAUGAGAAUUUCUGUCUUUGCUCUAAAUCAGAUUGGCAAUCGCUUUCAAUUAUAGGUAUGGUACUAAAAAAUGCCUUUUUAGAGGAGAAGACCUGAAAAUCUUCCAGAAAAAACCAUACUUUGAAAAAAGAUAAGAUUAAAGUUUAAAGACAACAGGAUUUUUGAAGAAAAAGAAAAAGAAGAGUUUAUCUCCUGUUCUAUUUCCGUACAAAUGUCAUUAUUUAAAUGUACGAAAAAAUAUGCUCCAAUGUACGAAAAAAAUAAAAUGCUCCUUAGAUUUUUGCUGGAAAAUUUAAAUUAUUCGCCCUUCUAUUAACUUUCCUACCCACGCCAGUGAAACUUAUAUCAUAUAUUAAAAUAUUGAAGGAUUGAGAGAAGUAGGAAUAGAUUUAGUAACUUUUUGAAUUUAACGUCAAUAAACUUGAUAGACGUUUUAAGAUUACCACUUUAGGGAAAGUAAUCAGUGCAGUAUUCGAUAGAUUGGUUGCU